AUGGACGAGUGCGAAAAGGCAGGAGAUGCUUGUCCACUUCCACUGCAGUGCCGGGAACAAGAAAACGUAACUUUCGCAUGUGGCUGCGAAGCUGGCUUAAAGGUAGUGGGAGAAGGAGAUGAGAGGACAUGUCAAGGUAAAGUUUUAACGGUGUUCUCUUUGAGCAGUUAAUAAGUGUUAAAUCGCAAAUUGAAACACUAUCAAAGUAAUUGAAAAACUUGUCCACAUUUCCUUCGGCAUGAUACAAAAAGUAGGAUAUGUUUUUCAACGUAAAUGGAACUGCACACUGUUGUUCUAUUCGCUUUCAUUAAGCACUUUAAUUUGCUCAGACAAUUAAAACCAAUAAUCUAAAAGAACUCAUGACCACUGACUAUGAAAUAAAUCCGUCGAAAAAUCCUACCCUAAGCCAACCUUAACACUGACAUCUCCUUUAGGGCGAAAUAUUGGAUAAGGGGAGGGGUAGGUGGGAAAAUUUCCAGGGCCCGGUUGCAUAAAACCUGCACUUAAGUGCUCACUUAGGUAGGUCACUUACGAAUCUGUUACGGGUACACUUACGGGUGUUGCAUGGAACACACUUAGCACUCUCGUAAGUUUCUGUUUUACGUGGUAACUUACGGGCUCACUUAAGGGCACACGUAACUUUGUUAUAGUACUUUUAAUUAUUAAUUUGACCCACUCUAUUUUUUUAAAUUAAGUUAACCAUCGGUGAGUGUAAAGAAAGUUAAAAGUCGUUUCGAACACUUUUAAGCCUCUCAAAAAAUGAAAUCUGCAUGCAACCGUUAUUUUUCUUCAAUAUCUACUGGAAAUGAUAGUUCGUCUUCUUUUUUCACAAAAGUGUACAUCAGAGGUUAACAAAGCGCAUUAGAACGAAUUACGUGAAGAAAAAUACUUUUUUUACUUCUCAGUAAAAGAUCUCGUUAACUGUAGUAAAAACAGUAACGAUACGGGACCCACAUAGGUCCCGUAAAUUUACGUGCUAUUUUUCCCGUAAAAAAAGUUUUAUGCAACACCCGCAAUUUCUGUUGCAUAAACGACACUUAAGUGAACACUUACGAAAAUCGUAUGUGCAACCACUUAAGUGAAUUCCCUAAGUGGACCACUUAAGUGAUUUCAUGCAACUCACUAAAGUUACGAGUGCACGUACGUGUACCCGUAGUUGUUACGGACGUUAUAUGCAACCGGGCCCAGGAUCUUACACUGAUCUCACAAUUCUGCGGAAGUGCAUACUGUGCAAGUGCUCACCUACCCCUCCCCUAACCCAACCUUAGCACCAUCACAUACACCGUUUUAGGUUAGAGAAGGGGUAAGGGGUAUGUGAGCAGAUUUUCAGAAUCUAAGUCUAAUACGAGGGUCGUGAAGGGGGGUACCAAAUCCCAGUUCCCAGCCUAAAUUUGGCCCAAAUCCCAGUUCCCAGGCUAAUUUUUGCCAGAAUCCCAGUUACCAGUUUACAGUUUAAAUCCAACAAAACUUUAGAGUUUUCGGUGUGUAUAACGGCGUUAUUUGCAUUGACGUACUUGAUUUCUAGUACCAUUUUGCGAGAAACCUUUUCCGAAGCCAUUUUUAUCUUCCCUUCACAAUAUCUUCAUAUGCAAACUUGCAGAACUUGUCCGCUGACCAGGAAAACUGACAGAACGUAACUAUGCAACCGUGUAAGCCUGGUAGCUAGACCGCGGGCGUGAAGGCGAAAAAUACUGAUUUCAUGGUCUCUACUGAGGAGUGCAAGGUCUAUUGCUACGAAAUUUUAUUUUUCUAUUUCAAAAUAUUGGAGCAAAGACCACUGAAGAAAAGAAAUCCCAUUCCCAUUUUAUAAUUGUUCAUCCCAUUCCCAGUGGCUAAAUCCCAGUCCCAGUGAGUAAAUCCCAUUUUCCCAGUCCACAAUAAGGCUAAUCCCAGUUCCCAUUUUACCCCUUCACGACCCUCUAAUACUUACUCAAUAUAUUAUACAUGCUAGCUGAUGACAUUUACGAGUGCAGAAUUCAAGGUGAUGCGUGCCCUCCGACUCUCAAAUGCCUAAAACAAGAAGAUGGAGCUUACGCGUGCCGCUGCGAGAAGAAGGGCUACGUAGUUAAAGGAGACGGUCAGGAACGGACUUGUGAAGGUAUGUGUUUAGUUUCAUUCAAACUGUUUUCUCCUACCACCAUGCUAUUCUUAAGAUCAUUUAUAAUAGCCUGAGAAAACAGCCGAGUGGGCAUUUGGCGACGCUACUACUGGUUUCCCCGCCAAAAAAAUCACGUCUGGGAAACGAGCGCAGAAAUUUCAUACUGAUGAAGCGUCACUACCCAUAUCUGGGUAGUGCUUCUGAUUGGUUGAAUCAUGUUUCCCACGCAGCACGACCAAUCAAAAGCACUACCCAGAUCUGGGUAGUGACGCGUCAUCAGUAUGGAAUUUCUGAGCUCGUUUCUCAGACGUCAUUUGGCGGGGAAUCUAGUGGUAACGUCGCCAAAUGUCGGCUGUUUCUCAGGCUAAGUUUAUGAUUGUAAGGCCAUUCCAUUUUACCAGAGAAAUAGAGUAAAUUUUGUAACUGGGUAGGGCGGGUUUCAACAGCUACUCGAAUAUUGGAAGCUAAGAUAUACUCAAUCUCCUUUUGGUUGGAGUAAAUCCGAACCCAUCUCCCUGGGAUGGGAGCAGGUACUGGUGAGAAUUGGGUUACUGAAAUUGUUUAGGAUGCAAAGGUCUCUUGUUCACCCCAUGUGAUCGAUCCUUUUUUGCCCAUUAUUGUCCAACGGAUAUGAGUAUGACAUUGGAUAACUGCAGGCUAAAAUGCAGUGUCAUUUGUUUAAUUUGUGAUUGAGCAUCAGUGUCUCCUGCCAUAUCUCCGAAAUGGAAUUGUUCAGGGCCAGUUGUAAGUAGUAGAAUCUGCUGUAUAACAUACAUAUUUUUCAGAUGUAGACGAAUGCACUCAAAACCCAUGCGCUGAGAAUGAAAAAUGCGUAAACGUGCCAGGAAAUUUUGAAUGCCUCUGUAAAGACGGAUACAUCAAAAAUGGCGGUAGCUGUAAGCCUGGUGAGUUCCAAAAAUGACAACUAUUGCCCGAGAAGAACGUUAAAAAAGUUGGUUUAUAAAGGUUAAAAUAAAUACGAAAAGCCGCAAUUUUGCAGCGCUUAAUCGAGGGCGGCGCUUCUCCAACGGCAAUGCUGAGAGUGCACAAAUCGCUUGCAUAGAACUGCGUUUUGGCGAAAAACUUUGUUUGAAAACUUGGCAGAGCAUUGGGUAAGCGAGCCUUUUUCCUUUUUUCCUCCACACUGGGGCAUUUGUUAAUUAGUAGCCUUUACGUUUUUCUUACACUUGUAGUGACCCGCCCAAGUGAAGAUUUUCGCGUUCUCCAUCAGAAUCAUUCAGUAGACUGUGUUAGGCUCCUGUUUGACCUCGAGGUUCAUGUGCACCUGCAGCCGGAACACCUUUAAAGACGCUUGUAGAUGCAUGAUGUCCGAGCGUUCCUAAUAUAAUGCAAAAGAAAUCGCAUAUCCCUAGUAUUCUCUAGCUUUUGGCUGAAACUAACGCAAAUGUACGAGAAAUAUAGAUUUUGCUCAUUAGCAUUAGGCCCGACGUUUAAAACAGGCGUCAAAAACUACACGUCCACUAACGAAUCUAUUGUUAGAACUACAUCUUAGCGUGCACAUUUCUUUCGAUGAAAAGCCUAUUGAAAACCUGGCUUUGUCGUCUUAACAAGCCCGUAUUUAGCCGAAAGGGUACGAAAAAAGGCAUUUUUUCUCUACGCAAAUCACGAGGGUCACAUUAAAAAAAGGCAAAUGGAUCAAUGUUAGAGAGACUGCUGUGCUUUGCAUUCCUUUCCAGGGUGGGGAGGGGAAGCCUAAUAAUACGUUCAUAAAACUCUUGAAAGAUGGGUUGUCUUUGACCGGUGUACUUUUUCUACUUGCUUAAUAUUUUAAUUCUCAGUUUAUGAAAAUGACUUCUUUUUUUCAUUAUUGUAGCAAAUACCUGUGUCAAGGUCAAGUGUAAUGCGCACGAGAUGUGUCACAACGGAAUAUGCAGAUGUAAAAAGGGAUACAGAAAGUCCAAGGCAGCAAAAGGAAAGUGCAUUAAAGGUGAGAUUCGAUUUUUACAAAAUUGCUCUUUACUGCGUCCAUGUUUCAACUUACAUGUACAAAGCUAAGACCUAAAAAUGGUAAAAACCUUAUGUAGAGGUCAACUCAACCCGUUAAUAAAACCGACUGGUUCUUUCUCGCCAAAACUCUAGAUGCUAGAGCAAGACGUCAUAUGAAGUGAAAAUUAAAACAAAACUCAGUUUUGUGUUGUAUUCCACUUCAAAUGGCGGAAGGCAAGGCUGGCAAUAUGUUAACCAACUAACAAACUUGAGCCUUCCUCAUGGCCUGGGCUAUUUUCCGAAAAUGGUAUAUAUAUCUGUGUUACACUCACUCUCAGGCUUAAGAAUUUGUCAAUGCGUUGAUCUCUGAAACAAAUUGCGAAGAACUUUCGUUUGCAACUGCAUCGUCGUUUGCUUUUUUUUGUGGUUCGAAAACCGCGGGCGGGACGUCCUCGUCUUCAAAACAUUUGCAUCUUCCUUUGAAGAUUGAGAGUGUAAAGGAAUGUUUAGUCUAGCAUAUAUUCUAUAAGCAGUUGUUGUCCGUUGAGGGGUAUUUGUGCUAUUCUUGCUAUCAUCUUAGACAGUAUUUCGACUAUUUUGUCGCAUAACGCCGGCAUUUUCUAUAGUUCUUAGUACCAGAGAAGCUGAGCUACCGCGCCUUCUUUGGUAUCCAACCUGCAGCCGUUCUUUGUGUCGUCUCCUCUGACCGUUGUGUGAUGAUCAAUGAACGGGUGCGCAUGAGGAGGCGACGUAUUCUGAUAUCCAUUUUUUCUGCCAAAUUAUCGUCAAAGUGAGUCAUUUCUCUUGAUAAUGGAAAAGAAUUUCUAAAUCCGGUCAACGUUUGAUGGUUAUAAAGAAUUAGAUGGGAUCAAAGCCAAUUAUAAAUGGAGAAAUAUUUUGAAUGAAUAACAAUACUGAUUUAUGUUAAAAGCAAAUAUGCUACACAUGCCACUUCCACAUUUCCCAUAAUGCACCUUAUCCCCCCUCCAAAUUUUGUAUAACCUUUGUUUUCCAUUUCUCUUGGGCGUUAGAGCCGUCCCAAGAGAAAUUGAAAACAAUGCUUAUGCAAAGUUGGGGGGCCUGGGAAAUAAGGUGCAUUAUGGGAAAUGUGGAAGUGUAGUAUAGUGUAUUUCUCUCGGCAAUUAAUAUUACAGGAAGUGUUCAUUAGCAAAAUUCCAGAAAUAAUCGAUCGAGACGAGCCAGACACAAAGAAAUUGUACUUACAGAUAUAUUUACAUCUGGUUGGAAGAAAAACCCCUUACGGAAAACAGUAAAUUUUACCCUUGAUCAGCGGUUUUUAGUUUCGUUUUAUAAUCGUUAAGGCCCGACUAAGCUUAUAGUAAGAUAUAUCUUUUCUUUUUCAGCUCUUUCCUUUAAUGGAGCUAUCUCGCCGCUGUGCUCUUCUGUCUCCAUUUAUGCCAGCGCUCUCGUGAUUGGAUACCUUGGGCGCCUGGCCUUUACGGCGUAA